GAGGAUUGCGGAUAUUUAUACAUGUAUGUAUACAUAGUUGACAAUGUUGUUAAAGGUAGAUAAAAGUUUAUUAAUGUUGUCAAUGUACAUUUGUAGGUUGUACUUUAUAAUGGCACCAAAGAGGAACUUGCGACGUCAACCGAAGAAGGGAGUUAAGAAGGUGGAAAGUAAGAGACGCGGUGGUAGCACAGCAGCAGCACCCGACUCUAAGCGUCAACGUACUACUAGGCAGAAAUCCAAAUCUGAGACGGAAAGCACCAAACUUCGAGGGCACGUUCCACUUUCCUCUCCCCCAUCUGAUAUGCCCAUCGAUGCUCCAAAGGAACGGAUGUUGCAGGAUGCCGAUAUAAAUAAAGGUAGGGCACAUUCAUUCGGGAAUCCAAUAGGGGCGAACAAAGUAAUUACAAGUGUCCUCACAAGUGAGCAGCUCGAAAAGUAUAGACAAACAUGUUUUGGACACUUACUUGACAUGAAGAACCUCCGGUUCUCUGGUCAGUUAGUGCAUCACCUGCUUUGCAGACAAGUUGUGUCCAACAAUCCAGAAGUACUGGAGUUUAACUUUGGUGGAUCUACAGUGCGAUGCUAA